CUGUUAUUCCUAUAGCCAAUAAAUACUCUCAAUAAUCACGCCAUUAAUUAUAUAGUUUAUCCACGGUUCAGCCAAUCUUAUUCACAAUCAUGUAAGGUGGUCACCCACAAAGGUACAAAACCACUUUACAUCUUCUCGAACCUAGCGGAAAGUGGAGGGUCAUAGCUGACGUCUUCAGCUAGCUCAUCUCCCCACACAACUCUCCAUCUUCAUCUUCAUCUUCCAUCACCAUCACCAUACCAUCACCAUCACCAUCAACAUCCCCAUCAUGUCUUUCCCUUCCUUGCUCCGGCUUGGCUUGGCCAUCGGAGCCUUGGCUGGACAGAGCUAUGCUUCCCCUUUUGCACCUAUUCACACAAGAGAUGACCUAUCCGAUACCCCAUUACCUAUUGUUGUUUGGCACGGCCUUGGUGACCAAUUCAAUAGCGAUGGAAUGAAGAGCAUCCAAGCCCUCGCUGAAGAAAUCCACCCGGGAACCUUUGUUCAUAUCAUUGCCAUCGAUGAGGAUCCCAGCCAGGAUCAAAUGGCCACUUUCAAAGGAAAUGUCUCGGACCAAGUCAGCAAGGUUUGCGAGGAACUGGCCAAGCACCCCAUUCUGUCUACUGCGCCCGCUAUUGAUGCCAUCGGUAUCUCUCAGGGUGGACAGUUCCUCCGCGGUUACGUCGAGCGCUGUAACUGGCCACAGGUCCGCAGUCUCGUCACAUUUGGUAGCCAACACAAUGGCAUCAUCGACUUCAGGUCCUGCGGCGCUACCGACUGGCUCUGCAAGGGAGCCAUGGCCCUCAUGAGAUUUGGUACUUGGAGCAAACUUGUACAGUCAAGCCUUGUUCCCGCGCAAUACUACCGCAACCCAGCAACUGAAGCCGAUUACAACAAAUACCUCGAGAAUUCCAACUUCCUAGCCGACAUCAACAACGAGCGCGAGUUGAAAAACGAAAAAUACAAGGCAAAUCUGAGCAAGUUGACCAACUUCGUCAUGUGGAUGUUUGAAGAUGAUGAUCUUGUUAUCCCGAAAGAAUCUUCGUGGUUUGAGGAGGUCAAUGGCACAGAAGUUAUCCCUCUUCGAGCUCGUGAGCUUUACCACGAGGAUUGGCUUGGCCUUCGCGAGCUUGACCGCAAUGGUGGCCUCAGAUUUCGAAGUGCCCCUGGUAAACACCUCGAGAACCUCUAUGAGCUACUGAACGAGACCGUCACCAAUUACUGCGGCCCGUGGAAACGAACUUUUGAGUCAGAUAUGGAGGACUCCUGGGAUAGGUUGGAGUUAAUUUGAUUUAAUUACUAGUUUUUAUUCUAUAGUUAUUCUACAGACUGUAACUACGUCAAGAGCCCCCCCCCCCCCUGCCAUGCCUCGUCCAC